AUGGAAGGCAGGGGGCGCGGCAAGAGCAGGGGCGCCGCGGCGGGAGCAAGAAGCGGAGGCGCGAGAGCAGGGGCACGAGGGAGAGGAGGAGGGACGCGGGGGGGAAGAGGGGAUAGAAGGGGGAAAGGAAAACGGCCGGCUCGGUCACCGUCGGGGCAGGAGUUGUCAUCCUUUCCGUCAGCGAGCGGCGGCAGCGGCGAUGGAGGAGGAGGAGGAGGAGGUGGGGCAGGCGGCGGCGCCGGCGGCGGCGACUCGUACGACACGCUCGGCAAGCUGGUGUCGAAAGCGACCAAGCCGACUCGCGAGACGGGGUACAAGCGCCUGGACGAGGACACGGUGCGGCGCAUCAAGGGCAUCGCUAGGAAGGACGAAGACUGCGCUGCCGGCGCGAUCCGCUACCUCAUGCAGAGGAUGGCGGCCAAGUCUGCCGAGGUGCGGUUCAUGGCCCUGUCCAUCGUGGGGCUGCUGUUUCAGCGUUCGAGGGUGGUCCGUAAAGUCAUAGUCGCCGAUCUCAAGAACUUCAUGAACCUAGCGGUCGGCCACGACGCGCGGCAUCCGCUCCCCGGCCCGCCCGCCGCCGCAGUGGCCCUGCGCGAGAAGGCUCUGGCGCUCAUGGAGGAGUGGAACGAGUCCCACGGCGACCUGUACAAGGGCCUUCGCGCGGCCUACCGGUUUCUGAGGGAGGGCAAGCGGAUGAAGUUCCCGGAGCUGCAGGCGCGGGCGGCGAGGGCGCGAGAUGCCGCCGCCCGACGGGACAAACACGCGCGGCGUCUGCUGCAGGCCAAGUAUUUGCAGGCGAAGGCCGAGAUCACGGAGCAGGCAUCCGAAAUACAGACGAUAGUGCGAGAGAUGGAUGAGUGCUUCGCCAUCCUCGUUCCAGCCGUCCCGGGAACCGACGCCGUUUCCACAGACCAGGACAACACAGACCAGGGCAACGGCGACAAGCCCCGGGGUGACCAUUCGCUUUCGGAAGGCGGUGAUCGUGUGAGCGACGGCGGUGGUGGCGGCGGCGGCGGCGGCGGUGUCGGUAGCGAUGGUGGCGAUGGCAGCAAAGAUGGCGACGCCCCCCCCGUGCUUGCGUCAGGUCGCGAUGCGGUCCGUUCUCCGCAAACGCCUGCGGCGGCGGUGGCGGCGAGCUGCGAUGACGACCGUCGGCAAUAUGGCAACGAUGGCUGCGGCGGCGGCGGCGGCGGCGGCGGUAGCGGAGACGAGGGCGGGCGUAGCGACGGCAGUGCAGGUGGCGUUGGCCCACGAAGUAGCGGCGGACGGCCAACUACUGACAGCGAGUGCGAGGGAACGGAAGAGGAGAGAAGGAAACAAGAAAGUAGCGAGGAGGGUGAAGGGAAUACCAAUCAACACGACCGAACGGCUGCGGGGGAAAGCGGACGGGAGGACUCCGGUGUCCAGCUGGAACGAGGGAAGAACGAGCGCGGGGGGGGGGCAAGGGCAAACACAGAGGCGAGAGAUUCUGCUGCUGCUACCACGGCUGACAGUGACGACGACGAGGGAAUGGAGUGGGAAGACGGGGGCGGCGACAACGACACCAGUGGUGACAACCGCUCGGAGGCAGAGGAGGAGGAGGGGGAGGAGGACGAGGAGGGGGACGAGGAAGCAGUGAGGAACGGGAAGCGAAGGUGGAGCGGAGGCGCCGGGGACGACGGCGAGCUGCGGACGAUCGCCGAUACGGUGGAGGCGGCCGGGUUGGGCAGCAGCGGUUACGAGCUGCAAGUCGAAGUUCCGAUGGGUUGGAGCGUAACGACCGGCGGCAGUGGCGCUGGUGAAGACGCAGCGCUCGUCGUGUCGGCUCUGCGAGAGCGAUACAAGGUCUUGACCUCGCGCGGGAGGCGUAGCGGGGCGUACGCGGACAUGAGCAAGUGCCACUCAUUCGAGGGGAUCUCUCUAACCACGGAGACGAAUUAA